GCGCGGUCAUACUGCCCUGGACAAAAAAGAGACGCCGGCAAAAAGAAGCGAAAAUUGGUUAAACUGAAUUAAAGACGCCGGAAAUUAGCUAAAAUGUCGUUCAAGGCCAACCCCAAGGUGCAGAAGGUGAUGGUGCAGCCCAUCAACCUGAUCUUCCGAUACCUGCAGAACCGAUCCCGCGUGCAAGUCUGGCUGUAUGAAAACAUAUCGCUGCGCAUCGAGGGCCACAUCGUGGGCUUCGACGAGUACAUGAAUCUGGUGCUGGACGAUGCCGAGGAGGUCUAUGUGAAGACCCGCCAGCGCAGGAACCUCGGGAGGAUCAUGCUCAAGGGCGACAACAUCACGCUCAUACAGAACGUCAAUCCCACGAAGGACUAGGGGAUACAGCUUCUACCCUACGAAUUCCACCUGCGACCGCUGCACGUCAUAAAUAUAAGUUAAAUAAAUGUAAAGCCGAAAUCUGAAGACGAAUGUUCAAAUAAAAGGUAGACUUUCUGUAA